AUGUUGCGCUCUGUCCAUCAAAUCAAGCGAAUUGGUCUUCGUUAUCAAUCUCAAGUAACAAAAAGUCACUUUGAAGCAGAAAGACAAGCUGUUAAGCACCAUGCAGCUGAUGCAGCAAGUACUUGGAAGAAGAUUUCGCUUUUUGUUUGUGUUCCUACUCUUUUAGCUGCUGGCAUUAAUGCUUAUAAUCUAUAUUCGGAACACCAACACCAUCUUGAAGAACAUCCUCCUGAAUGGAUUGGUUAUGACUAUAUGAACUUUAGAGCAAGAAACUUCUUUUGGGGACCUAAUAGCUUCUUGUUUAAUCCAAAAGUAAACCAUGAUGUUACUCUUGACAAGUAA